AUGUACUGCGGAGAACCUUCUCGAGGAGUAAUUGGUACAGUGACACUUGGUGGAACGUAUGGCGAGUUUUCAACUUGUAUGGGCUCAGCUACCGGUGGUUGGGGAAUAAUCAUUGGCUUGAUAGUCAACUUCGGCAUAGGUUGCGGUUCCGAAAUCACUACUGUAGGGAUUACCGCUUUUGAUGAUGUAGGUGUGCUUGGAGUGCUUGGGGGUCACCCACCCAUAAGUUUAGUUUUCUUGGGCAUACGAGACAACGGAGGGCUCAAGCAAGAAAGAUGA